AUGCUAGAAAUUUGGGACCUGAAGGAAAACUUCAUUGGAGGACAGAGAUCUUAUUUGGUAGGCAAUGUCCUCAUUUCGCCUCUUGCCUCAGCCCAUAGCAACUCUCCUGAUAAAGUGGGCCAAAAAGCAGGAGGGAAGAAGACUUUUAAACAGCCUACCACCCCUUUACAGAACCAGGAACUGGUAGAGCUUGUGGCAGCAAAAUGCCACUUUGAAUCUGUUGUUGUGCUUGUUCCCCACCCUCUUCCCUCUUGUACUUCAGAGUCACUUUUCAGUGGGCAUCAAAACUCCAGUUUCUAUGUCAAAUCCAGCAUUAGCCCAGAUGACCAGUUCUUGAUCAGCGGAUCCAGUGACCACAAUGCCUACAUUUGGAAGGUGUCUGAGCCCCAUCUUCCUCCCAUGAUGCUCCAUGGUCACUUGCAAGAAGUCACCUCUGUUGCCUGGUGUCCAUCGGACUUCACCAAGAUUUCCACAUGCUCAGAUGACAACACCAUAAAGAUUUGGCGCUUAAAACAGCACUCUGCGGAAGAAACCCAGCCAGAAAAGAGUAGCUUGGUUGGUUGGGCCUGCCAGAAGAAAGUGGAAGGGCAAAAUGGAACUGGAGCUCUGAGGAAAAGGCACAAUACUCCUGCCAAAGUGCUGCCAGCGGGAAGCCCGCCCAUUUCUUCACCCCAACCUGCCGCUUGUGCUCCAGCUUACACAGGAGACCUUCCUCUUCCCACCAACACGCCCACAUGGUCUUUAGUCAACACCUCGGCCUCCACUACAAUGACCUCUGUUCCGUCAAGGCAGCAGAUGGAAGGCACUUCGCCCAAACUGACACCUCCUUCAGCGAUGUCCAUAAGACAGUGGGUUACCAAAACUCCAAGUUUGUCUCCUCCUUUGAAAGGAAAAGAAGUGCUGUCUCCACAACAAGAACUUUCUGAACCCACAUUUGUUUCCAAAUCAACACACUUGAGGUCUGAAGUGCGAGCCAAGAGGAGGCUAGAAUCAAGCAAGGAAGUCAAUGCAAAGUGCCUGAAAAGCUGCAACUGUGUGGCCGAGCUUCAUCCAGUCUCUAAAAAAUCUAGACUGGAGCAGGAUACUUUGGUGGAUUCAGAGCCUUGUGAGGAAAAGUGCCUGACCCUUGGCAGAUUAGCCCAAAGCACUGAGAGUCUGGCGAAGGAUCCUCCUCCUGCUUCUGGAAGCCCUUGCUCUUCUGCAGGCGCCCAAAGCCUUUCUCGCCUCCUCAAGGCCUCCUGUGAUGAAAUGACUGACAAGGAGAAUGGCUGUCCUGACAGAAGAAACUGGCUGUCUGCUUUGGGGAAUAAGUUACAGACUAACAAAUCUAAAAGCCCAAACGGAGCAGGCAGCAAAAUUCAGUCAUUGCAGAAUCUGGGUGCAAGACAACCGGAAAGCAGGACAGGAGGACCUAUCUCGGCUACUUCUGUGCCCAUGAGGAAGAUUUGUACAUAUUUUGAGAGAAAAUCACAGAAAAACUGAAGAUAACCAUCCUUCUCUAUGAGUCCUCAUGCUGUAACACACUUUGAAAUAUGAUGAAUAUAUUUUGCAUCACCCAUGAAGAAACACAAGUGUCCUUGGAUCUUAGUUAAAAUGAUUACUUCCUUGGUUAUGGUUUUGUUUUGUUUUGUUUUGUUUUGCUCACUCAUUGCAUUUAAUUAGUUAGAAAGACUAACAAGAGAUGCAUUUCUUUAUAGAUAUAA